GGGGUGGGCACCCGAGGUUGUGACGUGGGCUCCCAGGACCCAGAACUCGGGGAAGAACACUUGGAGUGGGCACAGGGCCCGGCACCAGGAGGCCGACUACAGGCUGUCUCUGCGUGGCCGGCUGAUGCUGCGAUGUCCCGGUGCCCUCCCAAAUCUACCCAAUCCAGCGACACCGGGGCUCUGUUCUGUUUCGGUCGGUGUUGACGUCAUUGUGACCGUGCGCGGUGGCUGGGCCAUGCCUUCGGGACCGAUUCCCCAUGCCCUGGUGCAGGGUGCCUGGGCUCGUGUUCACCUACCUGCCUGAAGCCCCUAUUUCCUAUAUCUGCUCCUGCUCCCUCGUGGAGGGUACACUUCCAGAACACCUUUGACCUGCUGCAUCUCUGCAGAUGGUUCUACCUGGCAGCUUGGGGGCCACCUAGCCCCAGGCCGAAAAUAUCACUACUUUUGAGGUCUCGACCUGAUUGUGGUGCUGGCACUGGGGCUGUUUUUCCUUUGCAAGCCUUGGUCUUCAUGCUGACGUCCUGGGGCUCAGAUUGGCAUCUUGUCUGGGUUGGUACCCAGUUGGUGCUGUGACUCAGGAACAGGCCCAGUUGGAGGAUGGUCCUGGGCACAUCCAACCUACUGCUUGCUUUGUGGAAAUGCUGUCUCAGUCACCUAAUUGCACUCUUGUGGCUACGCUGCCUUCAGACAGCAGGGGUGUCAUGCCACUUGCUGUUCUGUUGCAGAGGGAAGUGAGUUCCCUGAGGUGACAUCCCCUGACCUGGUCUCCCUCAUGCAAUUCCAAGCCAGCGUCCUAGUUCUUCUCUUUGGGGAGAUGGCACCCCUGGGAGUCUGGCCCUGUGACCUCCCUUGCUUGCUCCCUGCCUUGUGUUUACUCCCUCUGUCUGGAAUUUGACAUUUUGGCCUCCCCACUUCUCAUUUCCUACCUGUGAGCUCCUCAGAGCACCUGCUCUCAUUUCCCCAGGCAGCACCUUCUCUCAGGUCCAACCUGGUUGUUUGGUCUCAAGUUGGACCUGGCCUUUGUGGAGCAGUGUUAGUUUAGAGCAUAACUGAGGGGAAGAUUAUGUGCUACAACGUCCCCAGCUGUCCACACCCCCAGGCAGUGCUUCUGUUCCAGCUGGUAGGCCCAGAAUCCACUGGACACGUUAGAGCUCGUCCCAUGAGCUGUGGCCUGUGGUUUCAGUAAGUGUCCAUUGCACUGUUUCACGGAAUAGUGUUACUGCCCUGCACACUGAACACACCCUUGGUAUCAUCUGGUCCCCCUCCCUCCUGUAUCCCUGACACCCUCCGUCUCUAGGGUCUUCACAGUCUCACUUUUGCCAUAACAUCAUGGCUGGAAUCCUACAGAGUGCACGUUUCUCUGAUUGGCUGCUUGUGCUUGGGGUCGUGUAGUAGGAUCCCUUGUCUUUUUACAGCUAAAUUAGCUUGGUUCCUUAGUGGGGAAACGUCCCCUUGUCUGGAUGUCCCAGUGUCUUUUCACCCACUUCCGGAGGAUGUCUGGGCUGCUUCCAGGUGCUGGCAGUAGUGAGCAGAGCCACUGUAAGAUGCAUGCGGGUUUCCAUGUGGGCCUGUCCCCUCCUCUGGGUGGGCACCAAGGAGUACAGCUGCCAGGUCAUCUGGUGAAAGUGUGUUUGACUUUGUAAGAAGUGGCCAGUGGCGCUGCAUCCCCACCAGCCAAGUGUGGGAGCCCCCUGCCCCAGUCAGGCAGCACAGUGACCAUGUGGGAUGUGGCCAUUCUCCAGGUUGUGGUGUGUUUCCUGGUUUGAUAGGCAUCUCCCUGAGGACACAGGACAGGAGUGCUUUCCUUGUGCCUGCUGCCAUCUGGAGGCCCUCUCAGGGAGGUAUCAAUUCAGGUUUUCAGCCAGGUUUUACUAGGGGCAGAGUUUAAGUGGUCUUGUGAUUCUGAAGGGCGUCCUUUGUCAGGGUGACUCCAAGCUUGCCUCCCAGUCUGCGGCCUACAUCUACUCCUCGAAGGCCUUUUCUUCUUGGACCGGGAAUAUUCCUGGGUCUCGGUCCUUGAAGUGGCUUUCCCUGUGGGGCCAGGCUCCCUCAAGGCUGUGUCUGUGCUCUCAGGGUGGCCUGUGGGGUUGGGACGGUUCCUCACCCCUUUGUGUGCAUUCGGGCAGUACCUUCCUCUCCAGGUCCCAGUGCCCUGGUGUGGACCUCCCAGCCUCGCUGAGCCUGUGCGGGUGGCAGAAAACUGGCAGGAGGGCAGUGGGUCCUGGCUUGCAUCUGCUCACCGUCUCCUGCUCCUUUGCAGACCCCCUGAUCCCAUGUGCCUACAUGUCCCCCACCCUCAGGCCUGGCCUCCCUGCAGGCUGCCCCUUCCCUGCCUCCCUCAGUGUUUUAGCACUGCCUGCCUGAUGCGAUCUUCCUGGGGUAGUCCUGCAGCAGCCUGCAGCCCCGGUGGGCACCCCAGUGCUUGGCAGGGCAUUCAGGGGCCUCAGACCCACCGGCCGCCUUGCACCAGCCAUGUCUGGAGAGACCAGUUAUGGAGUGAGGACACUGCUAACUGCGGGCAGCAGGGUUGGCUGAGGGAUCAGCCUGGGAUUGUGCUGCCACCACAUGCUGCAUCCAGGUGCUACCUGCUGGCUGGGCAAGCCACAGCCACCUGCCACCUCCCUCUGCCUGUGGCCGUGUUGGGGAUCCCCCAGGGACUCCGGGUCCAGCAAAUAAAAAUGCAAGAUGCCCAGGUUCGAGAAGCCAAGCCAACGUGCCAUAAAAUGCGGGUCCCCGCACCUUCCGACCAGGCACCCGCCUUCCUCCUGGAGUGUGACAGUGGUGUGCUGGGUGCACUGCAGAGCCACCUGGCGCUGUACAAAAUCCGGCGGGAGGUCACAGUGGAGUCGCACCCUGAGCUGCGCGUGUGGGCUGUGCUGCCUGAUGUACCGGAGGAGGCCAGUGGGGCUGCAGUGCUGCGGGAGCAGGUCCAGGGCACUGCCAUCCUCACGCGCGACCCGCGGACUGCCCGCAUGGGCUGGCGGCUCCUUGCCCAGGACGAGGGCCCUGCCCUGGUGCCCGGGGGCCGGCUUGGGGAUGUCCGGGAUUAUCACCAGCACCGGUACCGACACGGUGUUCCCGAGGGUGUCCGGGACCUACCACCGGGAGUAGCACUGCCCCUGGAGUCGAACCUGGCCUUCAUGAACGGCGUCAGCUUCACCAAAGGCUGCUACAUUGGCCAGGAGCUGACCGCGCGCACUCACCACAUGGGUGUGGUGCGCAAGCGCCUUUUCCCGGUGAAGCUUGCUGGACUACUCCCUGCCCAUAGCCUGGCCCCUGGCGCUGCAGUGUUCACGGAGUCAGGGCAGGCAGCUGGCAAGUACAGAGCGGGCCUUGGGGACGUGGGGUUGGCCCUGCUCCGCUCAGAGCAGGCCAGGGGCCCUCUCCACGUCAGAACCCCUGAGGGUGGCCGGGUGACCCUCACUGCAUUUGUGCCGGAUUGGUGGCCCAUGACCACCAAGUAGCCCUGGGUGCCCCGCACCCACAGGCCGCAGAGCAUCUAGGGUGCCCAGGAGGACCUCUGUUGAAAGGGGGCCCACUUGCCACUGUGCAGAGCCAAGCUCUGAGCAGGUUCUUGGAUGAGGUCACAAACGUAGGCCUGAGGGUCGUUCGCCCACCAUAAGGCCGGCCAUCCCGGGCCUUGUCCUCGAUCAGCCUACCGUGGCAGGCGGUCAGGAGGCUGCUCGGUCGGCAGGUGGGCAGGUGGGCUCCGGGAAUGCCACCACUGGCCCUGCGGGGGGUGCCUCAGUGACAUGAGCCUCACUCACCAUCCUCCAGUGCUGCUGUGUGCUCCACGCGGGCUCCACAGCUUGGGCCCCACGGAUCCCUUGUGAGUGUGGUGGGGAGAGGCAGGGCGGGUGCCCUGGACAGCGGCCCAGGGUGCGGACAGGGUCUUCUACUUGCUUUUUUGCUGCUGUUUCCAGAAGCAGCUACAUCCUUACAGGAAGAUGAUACCUCACUCCCUCUAACUGCUGGCUUCUGUCUCCCUGCUGCAUGGUGACUCUUGAGGGGACAGCUGUCCCCCUUGGUGCCCCAGUGCUAUUAAAGUGUGAACCACAAGUGGC